CAGAACGGUCUGCGUGCGCUGUCACACUUUAUUCUCCCAACAAUCCUGGGAGCUACAAGCUGUUAUCAUCCCAUUUUAAAGCCUCACUCACCUAGAACCCAAUGCAUGGGACCAGGCUGGGCAGACGUGAAGAACCUGAAGGGCCUCAGAACAAGGAAUGUCGGAGCUGGGAGGGGUCUGUGAACAUAGAACAUGGAAUGAAUGUCAGAGCUGGGAGGGAGGGGUCUUAGAACACAGAGCACAGAAUGUCAGAGCUUAGGGCGAUUUUAGAAUACAGAACAUGGGAUGUCAGAGCUGGGAGGGCCCUCAGAACAGGGAAUGUUGGUGCUAGAAGGGCGGGCAGAACCCAGAAUAGGGAAAGCCGGAGCUGGGAAAGCCGGAGCUGGGAAAGCCGGAGCUGGGAAAGCCGGAGCUGGGAAAGCUCCCUUUUGGGAGAACCUCCUGGUAUGUCAGCAAAGGAAAUCAUCCUGGAGCCCCAUUGCAGAGCCCCAUUGCAGAGCCGGGCACUUUGCUGAGGGAGACCCAGAGGCUGAGAAGGGGGUGAGGCCGAACGUGGGGGAGGAGCUGGGCUCCAGCUUGGCCCUCAGCCUGUUGCGCUCUGCUCCGUCCCUCUCUCUGGGCACACCGUGUGGACGCUCUGACCCUGGCCGGCAGCCCCAGAACCUUCGCCUGCUGGAUUCAGACCGGAUGCUUCCUGGGUGUGUGCCCUGGCCCUCUGGGUGCCUCAGUUUCCCCCCCUGUAGAGGAGGGGGCCGGGCUGCGGGAGCUCCCUGGGGGCGGGAGCCUCCCUCCUGCAGGCCCUGCCCCCGGCCCGGAUUGUUUUCUUUAGCCGGCUCCUUAAUUAGCUCCCAAUGAAGUCCCGUUACCCGGGCUAAUUGGUUUCCGCGGAUCCAGCGCUGGGGCUUCUCUGGGGGCCCUUCUGUUUAAAGGCAUUUUCACCGGGGGGCGCUAAUUGGGAACGGGGCCAAAGCCCCGCCCGGGAGCUCAUUGGCCGCCUCCCCGGCCUCUCCUUUGAACUCGGCUGGCUCGGCCUCAGGUGCCACUUCCCCAGCCCCCCUCCCGCCCCCAUAAAGAGGGGCCCGGGCCGCGGCCCCGGCAGACGCCCCGCAGGAUGGACAAGCUCCCGGAGCCGCUGCUGGGCCUGGAGCAGGGCCUGGCCUGCCCCGGCCCGGCCUUUCUGGCCGCCUGGGACUGGAAGGAGCCGCCGGGCCCCUUCGAGCUGGGCCGGGCCGGCUCCCCGCAGAGCCUGUCCCCCGCGCCCUCCUUCGCCUCGUCGGCGUCGCCCGCGCACCCCGGGGCGGCCGAGCUGGCCUGCGGCCCCGGCCCGGGCGGGGGCCCCUGCGCCAUGCUGGCCUUCCCCCCCUCCUACCUGCAGAGCCCGGGCCCCGGCAAGGCCGCCAAGGGGCCCAAGGUCAGGAUGUCGGCCCAGCGGCGGCGCAAGGCCAGCGAGCGCGAGAAGCUGCGCAUGAGGGCCCUGGCCGACGCGCUGCACACGCUGCGCAACUACCUGCCCCCGGUCUACAGCCAGCGGGGGCAGCCGCUCACCAAGAUCCAGACCCUGAAGUACACCAUCAAGUACAUCGGGGAGCUCACGGAGCUGCUGAACGGGGCCCAGCGGAGCUAGCGGCCGCCCCAGCGGCCCCCCGCCCACAGACUGCCCGGCGCCCGCGGCGCCGCCCCCGCCUCAGCGGGGGAAACUGAGGCCGAGACGGGCGG